UUGGGUAUAAUGGGUUCAAGCGCAGCAGAUUCUAAAAUUGUGAAGAACUGGAGAGAGCAACCUCCUUCUUCUUAUUCCCUCAAGUUCGACAAACUCUCGCAUCUUAAUCUCGACAAAUACGAAUCCCGUUGGUUCUUGUCCGGUGGAUACAACUGGUGCGUGAUCUUGAGAUUGGUUAUAUACCCAAAAGGAAACGAAAGUGAUAAUGGAAGCAAAUUCAUUUCAAUGUAUGUUGAAUUUGACAACACAAGCCUCACGUCUACAACAACAGCUGAGUGUGAGUUUGGUGUUGAUGUGACGGUUGCUUCCCCUUUUACCAAGUGGGAAGUCGUCUCUUUUGAUGAGGAACCCUCUAAUCCGAAAUUCUCACUACUUGUCGAGAAUUUCUCCUUGUUGAAAGAGAAUCCUUACGUAUCAAACAAAUUUUCAGUGGGAGGAAGAAAAUGGGUCUUAGAGUUGUAUCCCAAGGGAAGAUAUAGAGAAGAUGGCAAAUGUUUGUCAAUUUUUCUGAGUCUGGCUGAUAGUGAAACCACAUUGGAGGGUGAGAAGAUUUACGUGUGUGCAGAUAUCCGGGUAUUAGACCCACGUGGAUCCAAUCACGACACAAAAUCAUUUAACAGAUGGUACAAGCUGAAACCAGGCCAAGGGUGGGGUUGGGAGGAAUUUGUGUCUAUAGCCAAACUUCGGGAGGCUUACUUGGACGAAGACACUUUGAGUGUGGAGGUUGAAUUUAAAGUUGUUUCUACAACCAAAUGUUCUCCCACCACCUAA